CAGCAGUGCGCUCUGCUUACCCGGCUGAUGGACGAACGGAACGCCGCCGCCGCUGCCGGGCUCGUUCGCGCGGGUCUCCUCGUUCUCACCCUCACCUCCGGCGCAGCGAUCUACCGGGCAGCCGGCGACGCCGGCGCGAUCGCUUUCGUGGCGACCAGCUACGCCACGCUUCUCCUCCUCUUCCGUUACCUUCGCGCCUACGAGCUUGCGGCCGCCGCGGAGAGAGAGGGGCUCAGGCGCAAGGUGUGGUAUAUUUGCACCGUCGUUACCACGCUGUUCGCCUGGAAGGUUGCCGGCGUGAUGCCUCCGGCCGCCGCCGCCGCCGUCUGGCUCCUCGCCGUCGCCACCUCCGCCGGUGGCUUCGUCGUCCUGUUCCACCACCGCCGCCGUCCAUGAUUAGUUUAGUACUGUACGUGGCGUAUCAGUCCAGUGUUGCUACAUAUACGUACGUACGGAUCGACUUCACCCUUGCGUUGCAUAUUCAUUCGAUUGACGAUUGGCUGUGAAUUUGUAAUUGGGAGUAUACAUGCAUCGAAAGAAUUUCAGGAACAGGUUAUGUACUUAUGGGAAGAUCGUUAUAUGUAUAUGUCUUCUGAAUUUCUGAUCGAUUGGAUUUCUCUAGCUGGCUAGCUGAAAUGGUAUUGUAGAUCUUGGAGCUUUCAAGCACCAAGCCUGUCUCAUCUUUGGAUCAAAUUAAUGGCUCAUUGCUGUUGUUAUUGCUGUUUUCAAAGGAUUGAAUAAUUUUUGUGGGGCAA